UGCGAGCGAACUUCCUCCUUGCGCGCACAAAACCUAUAAACGCGAGAGAGCGCGCGCAAAUCCAAUAAAUGCGAGAGAGAGAGAGAGAGAGAGAGAGAGUUGCAAUCCGCCAUGGCCGAAGUGAUAGAUAUCGUGGAUGAUGAAGAUUUUCUGUCAAACGUGGAAGCGGCAGAAGCCAUUGCGAAGCGGCGGAAGCUCGAGGCCGCUGCCGAGAAUCGCGAAGGCUCAUACAUGGCCGCUCUCAAAGGGAGCAAGAGCCUCCUCUGGCAGCGGCAGCAAACCGCCUUAAAUACUCCUCCAAGCACCAGAUCCAAUCCCAAAGGAAGAGUCGCCACCGCCGCCGCUGCUGCCGAUAACUAUUCUGGCACCGCAGACGCUGGUGCCUGCUUCAAGUGCGGGAAAUCAGGGCAUUGGGCGCGGGAUUGCGUUGGCAGCAGUGGUGGUGCCGUAGGGGGAGACGGAGGGCUGGUGAAUCACAUGGUAGCCGAGAAGCCAUGCCCAUGCGGGUCUGGCUCUUGUCUGGUUUUGACUGCAAACACGGAGAAGAACCGGGGUCGGAAGUUUUAUAGAUGCCCUGUCAGGGAGGAAAAUGGAGGCUGUGGUUUCUUUGAAUGGUGUGAUAAUUCAUCAGGAAUUCCUAGCUCUGUGGGUGGCCCAAAUAAUCCCUCCAAUUCAUUGGUUCCGGAUCUUCUGUGUCCAUGCGGUGCUGGUACUUGCCUAGUUCUUACAGCAAAGACGGAAAAGAAUAUGGGUCAACAGUUCUAUCGCUGUCCUGCAAAUCAGGGAGGAUCUUGUGGUUUCUUCAAAUGGUGCAGCGACCAUAAUAGCCCAGUAGCUGGUCGUCUGGCAAGUGCUCCACGUGUUUAUAGCACCUGGAAUGAUACGAGCAGCCAACCACCCAUUGGAAGGAGUGGUUCUUCCUGUUUCAAAUGUGGACAGGAAGGUCAUUGGGCAAGGGACUGCCCCAAGCCUUCAACUGACACUGUUGAUGCGAGUGGAAGGUCUGCUUCAUCAAAUGCAUGCUAUAAAUGCGGUAAGUCUGGACAUUGGGCUAAAGACUGCCCGUCUCAAGAUACCAAUGUCACCACUGGAAGCAGAAAAGCCUCAGUUCCUUUUCGCAGCUCUCAUGGAUACACUAGUAAGUAAUCUUUGCCCCAUAUAGCAAUGGGAUCUUUUGUGUGGAGGGAUUAACAUCACCUAGAGUUUUAGAAACUUUUGACUGAACGAUUGGAAUGUGAAGACAAUGUACUGAUGAUGUGAAUGAAGGCUUGUUGUACAGAUGGGAAGUAAGUUGUGUUUUGCAUAGGCUAUCCGAACCAUAAAGUAAUUGUGUUUUUUUUU